GACUCAACUUCUUCCUCUCUCAAAUCUGCAUCACGGAUUCUCGCCCAUCUUGAGAGCGAGAGUGGCGUCGGCGAUGGCGAUCGAAAGCUGAUUUUGAUUCGACCGCUUCUAUUUUUCGCUGCCGUCCAGUCGAAUUGGCGGAGAUUCGAUCGGUCUCUUGGUCGUGUUUUCCGGUACUCCGAACGGAUAAAAUGGCUGCGGUGGCGGAGAAGACGAUCGGGGCGGAUGAUUCGUUCAUCGGACGCCAGCCGGAGGAGUUGGCCGAGGCGGAAUACCAGAGCGAUGUGCGGAAGCUGGUUGAUUUGCUUUCCAAUUUGAACCCGGCCGCGAAGGAGUUCUUCCCUUCCAAUUACGCUGCCGCCGAAUCUGUCGGCUGCCAAAAACCCGACGGCCGGCUUUCCGCCGAUGCGCCUCUUUUUGAGGCAUCGAGUGGAGAUGGAUCGCCGAAUAGUCAGCCUAAUUACCGAAGGUGGAAUGUCUAUAAUCAGGGACGCAAGAAGAAGAAUGAUAGAGCUCGAGGAGAUGAAAGGGAGGAUAGCAUUAGGCGUACUGUUUAUGUAUCCGACUUAGAUCGGCAUGUCACUGAAGAGAAGCUUGCUGAAAUAUUUGCUAACUAUGGUCAGGUAGUUGAUUGUCGAAUUUGCAGUGAUCCUCAUUCAGCUCUGCGAUUUGCCUUUAUAGAGUUCUUAGACCAGGCUGGUGCGAGGGCAGCUUUGAACCUUGAUGGGACCAUGCUUGGUUACUUUCCAGUGAAAGUAUUACCUUCAAAGACUGCUAUUCUACCUGUGAAUCGAAAGUUUCUUCCUAGGUCUGAUGAUGAAAAGGAAAUGGUUGUCAGGACAGUUUACUGCACAAACAUUGAUAAAAGGUCAACUCAAACAGACGUGAAACUUUUGUUUGAGCAACUCUGUGGUGAGGUUUCUCGUCUGAGACUCCUUGGUGAUACUAGACACACAACCCACAUAGCAUUUGUUGAAUUUGUUCAGGCUGAAAGUGCAAUUUUAGCCCUGAACUGUAGUGGCAUCAUUUUGGGAUCUUUGCCAAUCAGGGUGAGUCCUUCAAAGACACCGGUGAGGGUACGCGUACCACGGCCGUCUUCCUCUUAUAUCAAGCUUAAUGACAAUUCGUCCCUGCAAUUCCUUGAAUCUCAUACGUUUCCCAAUUAAUUCCGAGAAAAUCCUUAAUGUUUGAAGUAGGCUCCUUGUUCCUUCCAUUUGUUCAUUUAGUCUGUAAGUCAAAGCAGCUCGGUCCAGCACAACUUAGUAAUUCCUUAGAUCAACUUAUUUAUCCAAGUCUAACCAGUUGGAGCCUCUUUAUUGAACUAGUGAAGUAGAUGCUCUGAGUUACCCGUUACUGAUCCUCAUCUAUUAGCAUCUUACUUAGAUGCUCAAGGUUGGUUAUUUGUUUUGUUUUAAUUAUCAUGAAUAAACUUGUACAGUGGUGGCAGAUACCAAUGCAGCCACUUUUGUGAGUUAAAACUCGAGCUAAAUUCUUCAGUGAUGGUAAAAUCGAAAACGUUAUGCUUUUUCA